AUGAUUAUCGAAACUUGUGAUAACUUAAAUAAAUUUCAAUUUUCGUCAACAACUGCCAUCGAAACAUCACAAGAACAAAUCAAUGAUUUGGUUCUUUGGAUAAUUGAUAAGCCAUUGAAUGUAACAGCUUUCCAACAGAAUAUAUAUGAAUGUUAUGAAGCAACACCUAGAGAUGGUUCAAGUAUCCGUUCAGAUUUAGAAAAAUUAACGAACAAUCCACCAUCCCAAAUAUUUGAAAAAAUCAUUCAUUGUUUACAGGCAAUGCCUUAUCUUGACAAAUCGUUUCAUAAAUAUGGCAAACUAUCGCAAUCAAUACAAAAGUUUAUGUCCGAAUACAAAUUAACAUUUAACCAAGAGCAACUACUUCAUCAGCGUCGUGUUCAUAUUCUCCAUCGAUACUCCUUUGGCUUUUUAUUCGUCCAUCAUGAUAAAUUCUUUGUAGCGCCGCACCGUAAUGGUGGUGAAUGUCGCCGUAUUAUCAAAGGACACCCAAGUAUGAAAGUUAAUGACACAUUUGAAACAGCGUGGGAAACAGCUGUACGAGUAACUGCUAAACAGCUUGAGUAUCAGAAUGAUGAAAAGAAUGGAGAAUGGGAUGCAUUUAACAUUAAUCAGUAUAAAAAUGAAUGGAUACCUUCUACCUAUUUGGAGUGUGCUUUCGAAGAAGCCUUUUCGGAAAGAUAUCAACGAUUGAUGGGGAUCUUCGUAAUACAUCUUCUCAAGACUAUUAAAUUUCGAGUAAAAGAUUAUGAAUACCACCAAGACAAAUGCCAGUGGAUUUCAUUUGACACACCAGUAAAUAAAGAAAACUUUUAUACAGCUUAUCCAUUUAUUAAGUAA